AUGCUGCUAAGCAGGGGCUUGCGCAAGGUUCUUGACUGCCAGGUUGUCCGCCUUGAUACCAAGCGCGGCACGAACAUCGUUGCAGCCUACAUUCCAUUCAGAAGAGACACCAAGCCAACUAUUCUCUUCAGCCAUGGGAAUGCAGUGGAUCUGGCACUGAUGCUCCCCUUCUACAGGGAAAUUGCACGCGAGCUCCAGGUGAACUUGAUGGGGUAUGACUACUCUGGGUAUGGGGCGAGCACUGGCUUGCCAACGGUUCUGAACACCUUUACAGACAUCGAGGCAUGCCUCGUGUGGCUGCUGCAGCAAGGGAAGCAGCCUGAGGACAUCAUCUUGUAUGGCCAGAGUGUUGGCAGUGGCCCCACAUGCCACCUUGCAGCAAAAACACCAAAAUUGGGUGGGGUUGUCCUGCACAGUCCCCUUGCUACAGGCAUGCGCGUCAUGAACCCCACAUGGAAUUACUGGCCCACCUUCCUGGAUGUGUAUCCCAACAUCCGCCUGGUCCCAAAGAUUGCUGCACCGCUUCUCAUCCUACAUGGCACGAAAGAUGAAGUGGUGGACAUUUCAGCGGGACGUGCACUUCAUGCAGCUGCCAAGAACCCUGUGGCCCCUCUUUGGGCUCAGAACUGCAACCACCAGAAUGUUGAGCUCAGUCCAGAGUACCUUCUCAGGCUCAGAGCAUUUGUUCGAGAUGUGGGGAAGCAUUGA